ACUAUGUUGACUACUAUCAUGGAGGAGACAAUAAACCCUACCUCAUAUCAGGAGCUGAUGACCAUCGGGUGAAAAUCUGGGAUUAUCAGAACAAAACUUGUGUUCAAACCCUGGAGGGUCAUGUCCAGAAUGUCUCAUGCGUUGCCUUCCACCCGAGCUGCCGAUUAUACUCACAGGUUCCGAGGAUGGCACUGUUCGAAUGUGGCACGCCAAUACUUACCGCCUAGAAAACACUCUCAACUACAGCAUGGACCGUGUGUGGUGUUUGUGUGUGCAGCCCGGCUCCAACAGUGUGGCUUUGGGCUUCGACGAAGGAUGCAUCAUCAUCAAGCUUGGCCGGGACGACCCGGCUGUGUCCAUGGACUCUAGUGGGAAGGUCAUCUGGGCUCACCACUGUGAGAUGCAGGCAGGCCAAUCUGAAGGCCGUGGGGAGAAAUUGAGAUCCAGGAUGGAGAGAAGUUAUUAG